UCAGAACACACCCAGUGACAUCAGUGAGGUUUGAAGAAGAAAAAGUCUCCACUUAAACUGUGCAGAGGAACAAGAGGGCCGAAAGGUCCUUUCAGGGGUUUUCUGUCCGUGGAGUUUGGAAAAAGUACUGUCUGGACAGACUGGAGGAACUUUUCUUUCUUUCUUUUCUCCCCCUACUGAACCGUGGAGCGCUGAGAGUCUUUUAGGAUGUCAACUUCAGAAGAGGCGGACGGAUUCCGGCCGAGAUAUGGCUCUGUUCUGGAUGGCAUGGAGCGGCUCACGGCGGAGGAGAUGGAUGAGCGGCGGCAGCAGAACAUGGCUUACGAGUAUCUGUGUCACCUGGAGGAAGCCAAAAGGUGGAUGGAGGCAUGCCUGGAUGAGGAGCUGCCCCCUACGACGGAGCUGGAGGAGGGACUGAGGAAUGGCGUUUAUCUGGCCAAACUGGGCAACUUCUUUGCCCCGCACACAGUUUCCCUCAAGAAGAUUUAUGACCGGGAGCAGACACGUUACAAGGCUACAGGUCUCCAUUUCAGGCACACGGACAACGUCAUCCAGUGGCUCAACGCCAUGGCAGAGAAGGGGCUGCCAAAGAUCUUCUAUCCUGAAACCACAGACAUCUACGACAGAAAGAACAUGCCGCGCUGCAUCUACUGUAUACACGCUCUCAGCCUGUACUUGUUCAAGCUGGGCCUGGCCCCUCAGAUCCAGGAUCUGUAUGGAAAAGUGGAUUUCACUGAGGAGGAGAUCAACAACAUGAAGAGUGAGCUGGAGAAGUAUGGAAUCCAGAUGCCCGCCUUCAGCAAGAUUGGCGGGAUCCUGGCCAAUGAGCUUUCAGUAGAUGAAGCUGCAUUACACGCUGCUGUGAUCGCCAUCAAUGAGGCUAUUGAUCAGGGUGUGCCAGAGGGCACACUGGCUGCCAUGCAGAACCCAAAUGCCAUGCUGGUCAACCUGGAUCCCAGCUCAGCCCAGCAGUACCACGACACCCUGUACCGAGCCAAGGGAGAGAAGGUGGCCAGCUCCCGCAAGCGGCAAAUGGAAAAUGCUGAUGCAGAGAGAGAUAUCUACGAUGAGCUGCUCACCCAGGCUGAAAUCCAGGGCAACAUCAACACAGUCAAUGUGAGCAAUGCCCUGAGUGCAGCUGAGCAGGCUUUGAUGAGUGGAGAUGAGGACAAGUUAUACGAGGCUCUGAAGGCCGUGGGCACUCAGAACCUGCAGCCUCAGAACAAAAGCUGGUACCUUAAACAGCUGCAGGGAGAAAGAGAGAAUAAAGAGCAGACCUCUCCAGGAGAAGCACUGUCUAAGGAUGAGCUGCAGAGUGGUGUGGAUGUGGCCAAUGAGAUUGCAGCAGGCUACCUGAAAUUGCUGAAAGCAGUGGAACUCAUCAAUGCUGCCAUCAGAGCAGGCGUCCCGGAGAAGACGGUGGAGGAGCUAAUGAACCCUGAUGCUCAGCUGCCAGAGGUUUAUCCAAGUGCUGCAGACCUCUACCAGAGAGAGCUCGCCAGUCUGCAGCAGCAAAGCGCAGAGGGUUCCCUGUCCCAUCCUGAGCUUCUUGUUGCCGUGGAGAUGCUGUCAUCAGUGGUGCUGAUGAAUGAGGCCAUGAACGUUGGGGACAGAGCCGCCCUCUGGAAGCAGCUGUCGAGCACUGUGACUGGACUGAGUAACGUGGAGGAUGAGUACGCGCAGAGGUAUAUGGAAGAGCUGAUGCGUCUCAAAGCCACAGCAAGAGAGGAGGGGUGUGAUUUUCUGACCUGGAACGAUAUUCAGGCCUGUAUCGACCAAGUCAACCUGAAUGUGCAGGAGGAGCAUGAACGAAUUGCUGCCAUUGGACAGAUCAACGAGGCCCUGGAUGAAGGCAACCCCAUGAAUACCCUUGACAUGCUGCAGAACCCUUCAGCCAAGCUCACAGAUGUGGACCCGUCUGUGGCUCAGCACUACCACGAUAAACUUCUGGAGGCCCGCAGAGAGAAGGCCCAUGAGACGCAGGACCCCUCGGCUGUGCUGUGGUUGGAUGAGAUCCAGGAUGCUAUUAUUAGGGCUAACCAAGACACAAGGGAGGCCUUGCAGUUCUCCCAGUCCAUUCAGACCAUCAACGAUGCCGUGGUGGCUGGAGAUGCGGCUCAGACUCUGGCUGCUCUGCGAAAUCCUGCAGCUGGACUGUACGGUGUCACCUCGGAGUGUGCACAGACUUAUCAAGACGAUCUCGCCAAGAUUAAGGAUGACAAAGAGAAAGAAGGUGAUAAUGGCAGUGAGUGGGUGCAACACUGGGUGAAGGGAGGACACAACUACUACUACAACCUGCAGACCAAAGAGGGCACGUGGGUGGAGCCAGUGGAUUUCUUGCAAAACAGCACCCAGCUUAACAAGGAGGACAUCCAGGGAGUGGUUUCUGGGGUAACCACAGCAUACAAUCGAGAGCAGCUGUGGCUGGCCAAUGAGACUCUAAUCACCAAGCUACAAGCUCGUUGCCGGGGAUACCUGGUGAGGAAUGGCCUAAAGGAGCGGAUGAACUUCCUGAAAUCCCAAGACCCAGCUGUUACAAGCAUACAGGCCCACUGGAAAGGCUACAAACAGAGGCAGAAAUACAAGGAGCGAAAGCAGUACCUGAAAGAUCACAGCAAGGAAGCUGUUAAGAUCCAGUCCAUGGUGCGAAUGCAUCAAGCCCGUAAGAAAUAUAAGGAUCGCCUGAAGUACUUCCAAGAUCAUAUCAAUGAUGUGGUGAAGAUUCAGGCUUUCAUCAGAGCCAACAAGGCAAGAGAUGACUACAAGACACUGAUCAACGCCAACAAUCCACCGAUGGCGGUGGUGAGGAAGUUCGUCCACCUGCUGGACCACAGCGACCAGGACUUCCAGGAGGAGCUGGAGCUGAUGCGGCUCCGCGAAGAAGUCGUCACUAACAUCCGCUCCAACCAGCAGCUGGAGAACGACCUGAACCUGAUGGAUAUCAAGAUCGGCCUGCUGGUGAAGAACAAGAUCACGCUGCAGGAGGUGGUGUCCCACAGCAAGAAGCUGACCAAGAAGAAUAAGAGCCAGCUGUCCAACAUGAUGAUGAUGAACAAGCAGAGGGGGGGUCUGAAGGCUCUCAGCAAGGAGAAGAGGAUCAAGCUGGAAGCCUACCAGUAUCUCUUUUACCUGUUACAGACCAACCCGACAUACCUUGCCAAGCUGAUCUUCCAGAUGCCACAAAAUAAAUCCACAAAGUUUAUGGACUCCGUAAUCUUCACCCUGUACAACUACGCCUCAAACCAGAGAGAGGAGUACCUGCUUCUCAAGCUCUUUAAAACCGCCCUGCAGGAGGAGAUCAAGUCAAAAGUCGACCAGAUGAAGGAGAUUGUCACGGGAAACCCCACAGUAAUCAAGAUGGUGGUGAGUUUCCACAGAGGUGCUCGGGGACAGAAUGCCCUGAGGCAGAUUCUGGCGCCGGUUGUCAAGGAGAUCAUGGACGACAAAACGCUAAACAUCAAGACCGACCCGGUGGACAUCUACAAGAGCUGGGUGAACCAGAUGGAGACACAGACUGGAGAGGCCAGUAAGCUUCCUUAUGACGUCACUCCAGAGCAGGCCAUGGCUCACGAGGAGGUGAGGACGAGACUGGAGGCCUCCAUCAAGAACAUGAAGACCAUCACUGACAAAUUCCUGUCUGCAAUCAUCGUCUCAGUGGAAACAAUUCCGUACGGGAUGCGGUUCAUCUCCAAGGUGCUGAAGGAUACACUCCAUGAGAAGUUUCCCGAUGCUACAGAGGAUGAGCUGCUCAAGAUUGUGGGGAACCUUUUGUAUUACCGCUACAUGAAUCCUGCCAUCGUGGCACCUGAUGCUUUCGACAUUAUCGAGGUCUCUGCUGGCGGUCAGCUAACAACCGAGCAGCGACGAAACCUGGGCUCCGUCGCCAAGAUGCUGCAGCACGCUGCCUCCAAUAAGAUGUUCCUGGGAGACAACGCCCACCUCAAUCCCAUCAAUGAAUAUCUCAGCGCCUCCUACCAGAAGUUCAGGCGUUUUUUCCUGGCAGCCUGUGAUGUUCCCUCACUUGAAGAUAAGUUCAACGUGGAUCAGUAUUCAGACCUGGUCACAGUCAGCAAACCUGUCAUUUACAUCUCCAUCGGAGAGAUUGUUAAUACCCACACUCUGCUGCUGGACCAUCAGGACGCCAUCGCCCCAGAGCACAAUGACCCCAUCCACGAGCUGCUUGAGGACCUGGGCGAGGUCCCCACUGUGGAGUCGCUUAUUGGUGAAAAUCCUCUUCCUGCCGAUGACCCAAACAAAGAGCUGAUGGGGAAGACCGAGGUUUCACUCACACUCACAAACAAGUUUGAUGUCCCCGGUGAGGCCAAUGUUGAAAUGGAUGCCAAGACCCUCCUUCUCAACACCAAGAGACUCAUUGUGGAUGUGAUUCGGUUCCAGCCUGGAGAGACUCUGACUGAGAUCCUGGAUUCAACAGCCACCCCAGAACAGGAAGCAGAGUACCAGCGUGCAAUGCAGAGGAGGGCCAUCAGAGAUGCAAAGACUCCAGAAAAGAUGAAGCAGGUCAAACCGGUGGUGGAUGACAGUCUGACGCUACAGGGGAAAAAGGACAAGAUCAAGAGUAACCUGCAGAGGCUGGCAGAGCUGGGAAAGGUCCACCCCGAGAACCGCUACCAGGACCUAAUCAACGACAUUGCUAAGGACAUCAGAAAUCAGCGACGGUAUCGGCAGCGCAGGAAAGCCGAGCUGGUGAAACUCCAGCAGACAAACGCAGCCCUCAAUUCAAAGACCAAUUUUUACAACGUGCAGAUUGAUUCUUACAAUCAGUACAUCAAGACCUGCAUGGACAACCUGGCCAGCAAGGGCAAGCUGUCAAAGAAACCAGGAGACAGCAAGGCUAAGAAAAGUAAACAGGUUUCAAUGAAAUACACGGCAUCACGGCUCCAUGAGAAGGGCGUUCUGAUCUCGAUAGAAGAUCUGCAGCCCAGCCAAUUCAAGAAUGCUAUUUUUGAGAUCUCUCCGUCAGAGACAGUUGGUGUGUUUGAUGUGAAGGCCAAGUUUAUGGGUGUGCACUUGGAGACGUUACAGUUGGAAUAUCAGGAUCUCCUCCAGCUGCAGUAUGAAGGCGUGGCAGUGAUGAAGCUCUUUGACAAGGCCACCAUCAAUGUCAACCUGCUCAUUUUCCUGCUCAACAAGAAAUUUUAUGGGAAAUAGAUAAAAAAGGAGAAAAGGGCUACAGACACUGAAAAAUUAAACCACAAAACCCAUUUAAAGGUUGCUUUAUGGCCCCGAACUGAAGCAUCUAGUCUUCUUACACAUUCCCUUCUGCACUUCUCAACUCUGCCAAUGCAAAUUUAUGUGCAUCAUUAUUAUUUUUUAGUAGGGGCAGUCACCUACAGAGCUUAAUUGUUAACGAAACAAUCCUUUGUGCAAGUUUUUCUUGUGUCCUGUUGUAGCUGCAGCUAGCUCAGAGGUUUGUAUUUUUUGCUUAAAUGCCAUGAAUAUCUUGUGUAUGAGCUUUUGAUUAAUUAUAAAACUCAUUUUAUGUAAAGAUAUGGUGAUUUCUUUUCUUUCUAUGCUGUUUUGUUUGUCUGCUCACCUGAUUCAUGACGUGCUGAUAGACAUCUCCUCCAUCGCUGCAGUAUUUUGGAAGUCCAGAGCUCAAAUCUGUCUGCCCUGAAGCAAGAAAAAACAUUGAUGCAGUGGUUUCAACCUCAUAACUUGAAAACACUGCAGUAAAGAAUAUUUUCAUAUAUUUAAUUUGUGAACAUGAUUCUCCCUCUUUGUAUUUUUUUUACUAACAGCCCCAUCUGAAAUAUGCAGAAGUGACUUUAGACAUGACAUCUGUCAUGCUCUUAAUGAGCUGUUAAAGGCAAACCCUUAUUUUAAACAGUCUUUCUUUGGGGUGAUAAUCUGGCCUUUUACCCAUAUGUCUCCAGUUUGUCUUUGACUGGACCGAAUGACCAUGACUUGCAGGCCUGUUGCUUAGAACUAACCCACAAUGCAUUUCUGCUUCUGGUUUCCAGUGUUUUUCUGGAGACACGCAACAUCCUUUACUUCUAGCACAUAAAACUGGAAACAUGUGCUCAUUUAUCUAAAUAUUUUUUUGUCUCUUGCGGGCUGUUUAUCUUGUAUAACUUAAUUAGAACUAUUAUCACAAUAGAAAAUCAGCUAUCAAACAAUCUGUAAAACAUUGUUUUACAUGAAUGAAUUUUUCUGUUUUGUUGAAAAUACUUUCACACAGUUGCCCUUAUUUAUAUUUUAUAUGAGUCUUCAUUAAAACCUAAGAUGGAUCAUGUAAAUGAGCUUGAGAAUAUGCAGUAUUACAUUCAGAUGGUGGUCCAGCAGAUGUCACUCUACACCAUCCAAUAAUAGAUUCAAAUUAUCUACUCAAGUUACUCCAGAAGGAAAUAAAAACUGAGAUGGGAAAAGCUUUGCUCUGAUUCAGUCAGUUACAUGUACUUCAGUGUACCUGUUUUCCAGAAUAAAAACCUUUCAGUGCA